GUUGAACAGUUAUACCUUUAUGAAACACCCGAUUCAGAGAUUAUAAGAGAAAUAUUUAAACAAGAAGGAUCGGUUAUGAACUUUCCCGAACUGUUUAAAAAAGUAUCAAUAUUACAUGCUUUCGAUCGUG